UCACGUGCACAGACACACUCACUGUAUAUACAUCGAGUGGAGCAGAUCAGAAAUCUUUGCUCCUCUCGUCAGCCAAAGGAAAACACCUGCAUGGAGAAGAAAAACUGAUUUUGCAAAUCAAAGUAUGGAAGCCAAGACAAGGAGGUAGAAGGGACCAAAGUUUUAUCAGUUUCUGAGGGAAUACUGGAUUUCUCAUGUUUGAGCUUUUGUCUUGUUCUUUUUUUUUAAUUUUUUCCGCUCUCUCAUCUCCUGGUGACAGGAAUGUCUCUUUGAUUUUGGAUUUCCAACAGGUGAAAGUUUCUAUUUUUUGAGCAGUUUGUGUGAGAAGCAGAAAAUAUGUCAAGCGGACGUCUCAGUCACCUGCUGAGGGGAGUCCUGCUGCUCCUGCCAGCAGCUGUAAUUGUAGCUGGAACAAGGAGUAAACUUUGGGAGGUACCCGCUGGUCACUUCACAUCCUCUUCCAAUCAAACCGAGAACCUCCCAUUGGAACGCUGUCAAACCCAGAGGACGGAGUAUGAAGUUAAAAUCACAGCAGAUAUCCCUCCCAAACUGGACGGGACGUGGGUGUCAACAAGAUGUGAAGUUCGGCCCGGUCCAGAGUUCCUCACCCGCUCCUACACCUUUCACUCCAACCGUCACUUCCAGGCACUGCAGCACUACUACACUGAGAGCAGCUGUGAAGACCCGGCCUACUCCCUGAUGAUCAGAGGCAAGAUCCGUCUGCUCCAGGCCUCCUGGAUCACCCGUGGGGCCACCGAGGCGCAGCACCACCUCAGCAGAGUGGGGAUUGUGGUUCACAGCGUGGCGGCCAAGCAGAGGCUGGCCUCCAGGCUGCCUCCAACCUGCGUGAGCCCGAACCUCAAUGAAGCGGUGCCGGGAAAGCUGUUUGAGCUGUACAACACCCGCGCAGGCAGGGCGUGUCUGACAGCCAUGGGCUUCUCUGUGGCGGAGAUGGGUCUGGUACGAGUGGAAACGCAGCAUCACAGCCGUGGAGGGAAGGUUCAGGAGCUGUUUUUAGGGGAUAUUCACACAGACUGGGCCCAAAGAAUCCAACACAGACCCACAGGGUACCAGCAGCCUCUGCAGAACGCCAUGCAUCACAUCCAUCCCUGCCCUGUGUGUGCCCUGGUGUACCGAUCCUCAGAGCAGCGCCCCCCUGUGUUGCCCCGGGGUCCUGCAGUUCCUCUGUCUCUGGCAGGCCACUGGGUCAGCCUGCGCUGUGAAACCCGACCCAACGUCCUUUUCCUCACCAGAGACUUCACCUUUAACCCAAGUCAGCACGCCUGGGAAGGCAUCUACCAUCACUACUUGGACUCCGCCUGCUCACAGCCCACGUUCACCCUGAGAGCCUGGGGGCACUACGCUCAGGGAAACCCCUCAUCCAAACUUUCAGGAGCCUCUGAGUUUGUCUUCAAGGUAACGCAGGUGAGAGUCACGGCCAUGGACGAGUCCACUGCCAAGCUGCUGAACAGCACAAGACCGGGAAAGUGUGGACGAGCGGGAGACUGGAGGGUCGGUGUGGAGCAGGACUUGAGCCCCACAAACGGAUGUCCGAUGCUGGGCAUCAAGCUGCCGCAUAAGGAGUAUGAGCUCUUCAAGAUGGAGCUGGACCACAGGAAACGCCCGCUGUUAUUCACAGGAGAGAGACCGACUGACGGGUCCAGUCCAGAUCGACCAUUAAGUCGGCCCACCUCCUUUCAGGCUCCCAUGGUACUUUGCAACGGGGGGGAGACACACUCCUCUUUCUCAACCGUUAAUAGCAGGCAAUUACAGUUAGCCAGUGGGACAGCAGGUCUGGAGAACCUGGUGUUACUGGUGUUUGGAUCAGCACUGUGCAGCUGGCUUGUUGUUUACUAGAGACGUUCUCACAAAUCAAACCUGGUUCUCAGCUCAAGGUGGAUGGAUGUUUGGCAGCUGAAAUCAUCUCUUCCCUUUAAAGACUAGAACUGAAACAAGAAUCAGGGGACGUUUAAAAGGCACGAAAAGAUUUUUCACAUCUUGAACUCAGAUGUCGCCUGAUGAGUAAAAGACUAACCUGUU